UCCCCAAAUUUUCUCAGUAUAUAUUUUUUGGUUCUAGUCCAAAAAGAAGAAGACUAGAACUCAUCGGUAUUAGUUUAGUUUUUUCUUUUUCCCCCGUUCUCAUUUCUUUUAUCUAAUCUACAAUUAGGAGAAUAAAAAUUAAUUUGAAGUUCCAUUAUAUAUAUAGGAGAUAUAUUCAUUUUCUGGAGGAAUGGCAACAGCUGAAGCGGCUCCAGUCUCUGCUGGUCCACGGUAUGCUCCUGAUGAUCCCACUCUUCCACAGCCUUGGAAGGGACUGAUUGAUGGGAGCACCGGUCUUCUUUACUACUGGAAUCCAGAAACCAACAUUACUCAAUAUGAAAGACCUGCUGCUUUACCUCCACCAUUGCCACCUGGUCCUCCUCCUGCUUCUACCCCUAAGCUGGCUCCCAUUCCAGUAGCUCGUACAGCGCAACAGAACUCUGUGGUAUCUCAGCAUGGUCAGCAACAAACUACACAAGUUCAGCAGGCGCAACAAAUGAGCCAGUUGCCUCAACAGCAUGGUCAAGCACCACCUCAGCAGCCUGGGCAAAUAAUUGCACAGGCUUCUGAGCAGCAGGGUUCACAAAUGGUACAAACUAUGCAACAGCCUGCCCAAUUUAUUCCGCCGCAAAUAAGACCUCAAAUGAUGCAGCAUCCAGUUAUUUCUCAACAGCCGGGACAGCAGUUCCCACAGCAACAGGGCCAGCCAAUGCAACAGCAGACUCUUCAGCAGAUGCCCCAGCAGUUAGGACAGCACAUGGUGCAGCAUCAAAACUCUCAGAUGGGACAACAACAAGGCCAGAAGUAUGCACACACACAGCUGCAGUACAUGUCAUAUCAGCAAAGUAUAUUUCCACCAGGGCAACAAAGUUUGCAGCAGCAGACUCAGCUUGGUUCUCAGGGCCAGCAAUAUCACAACCAACAAGAGUUUGUUACUGCAUUCCCGAAGAGAGAGGAAGUUGAGUUUCAACAAGGCAACCAAACUGGGUUUUCUCCAUCUCAUUUUCAACAAACAGGUGCUCAAGCCUCUCAAAACCACCAUGUUGGAACUAAUUCAGUUCAGAUGCCACAAACAGGUGCACGCAUGGGUCAAAGUCAGCAGUUUGGUGGCCCUUCCCACAAUAUGCAACAGCCUGCCCCUGUGGUUCAGAUGCAGCCAACUGGCAGUGAUUUGGCUCACCAGCAACAUGGUCCUAGGUUUCAGAACCAGAUGGGCCCAGGAAUGAUGCAUCAGCAGUCUAAUGCUUCUCCUUUUGGAGUAAAGAAAGGUUAUGAGGAUAAUUUACCUGGUAGAACUGUAAAUGACUUCUACUUCAAUGCAAACAAGGAAGGACCAGUAAUGGGGCCUCAGCAACCUAAUCUUGCAGGAAUUCCACUGGAGAUGCGAAUGGGUGGGGUUCCAGUUCAAAAUGUUGCACCCAGUCCUGCUGGUACUUUGAAUGCUGUACCAGGGCAUUCCAUGCAUUCCACAUACGGUCCUGCUGGUCCGCCAUUUUCAAAUAAUGCUUUGAUCAGACCUCCUUUUAUUGGAUCUUCAGAUAUUCCAAAUGCUAACCUCUCUCCUGCUGAACUCUAUCGUCAACAGCAUGAAGUAACUGCAACGGGUGACAAUGUUCCACCUCCAUUCAUGACAUUUGAGGCUGCUAAUUUUCCUCCAGAGAUAUUGAGAGAGAUACAUUCUGCUGGCUUCUUGUCUCCCACUCCAAUCCAGGCACAAACAUGGCCUAUUGCUCUACAAAGUAGGGAUAUAGUAGCAAUUGCCAAAACUGGUUCUGGUAAAACAUUGGGCUACCUUAUUCCUGCAUUCCUUCUUCUUAGAAAGUGCCGUAAUAAUCCUCAGAAUGGCCCAACGGUGUUGGUUUUGGCUCCAACUCGAGAACUUGCUACACAAAUACAGGAUGAGGCCAUUAAAUUUGGCCGAUCUUCAAGGGUCUCAUGCACAUGCUUGUAUGGUGGAGCUCCAAAGGGCCCUCAGUUGAAAGAACUAGACCGAGGGGCGGAUAUUGUAGUGGCAACACCUGGUCGCCUAAAUGACAUCCUGGAAAUGAAGAAGAUUGACUUUGCACAGGUUUCACUUCUUGUCCUGGAUGAGGCAGAUCGAAUGCUUGACAUGGGUUUUGAACCCCAGAUCCGUAAGAUAGUGAAUGAGAUACCUCCACGCCGACAAACUCUUAUGUACACAGCAACCUGGCCCAAAGAAGUAAGGAGAAUAGCAAGUGAUCUUCUCAUCAACCCUAUCCAGGUGAAUAUUGGCAGUGUUGAUGAGCUUGCGGCAAACAAGGCUAUAACACAGUACGUUGAAGUUGUCCCUCAAAUGGAGAAAGAGAGGCGCUUAGAGCAGAUUCUCAAGGCCCAAGAACGGGGUUCAAAGGUUAUAGUUUUCUGUUCUACAAAGAGGCUGUGUGACCAGCUUGCACGUACUGUUGGCCGUAACUUUGGGGCUGUUGUGAUACAUGGAGACAAGUCUCAAGGUGAGAGAGACUGGGUUUUGAAUCAGUUCCGGUGUGGGAAGUCGCCAAUAUUAGUUGCCACUGAUGUCGCUGCCCGGGGGCUUGAUAUCAAGGAUAUAAGGGUGGUGAUAAAUUAUGAUUUCCCUACUGGGAUUGAGGACUAUGUUCACCGGAUUGGUAGAACCGGGAGAGCUGGUGCGACUGGAGUGUCAUACACCUUCUUCUCUGAACAGGAUUGGAAAUAUGCAUCUGACUUGGUUAAAGUCCUAGAGGGGGCUAACCAGCAUGUGCCUCCAGAGGUGCGCGAGAUGGCUUUGCGUGGUGCACCAAGUUUCGGAAAGGAUCGAGGUGCUAUGAGCCGUUUUGAUUCUGGUGGUCAUGGUGGCCGUUGGGAUUCUGGAGGUCGUGGUGGGAUGAGGGAUGGUGGUUUCCGGGGCCGUGGUGGAAUGAGGGAUGGUGGUUUUGGGGGCCGUGGUGGCAUGAGGGAUGGCGGUUUUGGCGGACGUGGUGGCAUGAGGGAUGGCGGUUUUGGCGGGCGUGGUGGUAUCAGAGGUGAUUCAUUUCCUGGACGUGGAAACAGAGGACGGGGAUUUGGCGGCCCUGGUGGUCAUAACAAUUGGGGGAGGAACGAAAGGGGCCUGCAUGAUCGGCAUGGUAAUGUAGAUGGACGUGGACGCGGACGCGGACGCGGCAGAUUUGAUAAUAGAAGAGAUAUUGUUGAUAGGAGUAGAGGCAGAAGUUAUAGCCGUAGUCCUGAUCGUGUUCGUACGUGAGGUUAUAGUCAGAGCCGCAGUCGCAGCCGCAGUUGGAGCGGGAGUAGGAGCAGAAGUAGGAGCUGGAGCCGCAGUCGAAGUCGAAGUAGGAGCCUAAGUCGUAGCCGGAGCUGGUCACGUGGCCGUAGCCGAAGUCGGAGCCCUAGUCGAGAUGGAAACCGCGAACAUGGUCGUAGCCGAAGUCGAAGCCCUAAUCCUAAUGAUAGUCGUCACCACAGUCGAGAACGUGGCCGCAGCCGCAGCCGGAGUUACAGCCCUAGCCAUAAAUAUGAGAAGCCCCAUGAACAGAAUGUUGAGAAGAAGGCUCGUAUUAACUCAGGAUUUGACGCUCCCAAAAUAGAGAUGUCUCCCAUGUCUCCAGGCGGCCAAGGCCAAGGAGAUUCAUUGCCAGUAAUUGAAGCUGUGAGACCGUUACUGAAAGUGGAAAAUUCUGAACUAGCUCAACCGGAGGCUGUAAGUGGUCGAGUCGAUCAGCCAUGAAACCCCAAAUUCCUGAGACGUCAGAUUUGGCCGUGUCCAAUUUUUGUUGACUGAAUGGCAGAAUUCUGUGGUGUCGCCAGUAGCUAAUAUUUGGGCAUUUUGGCCGCCUUUAGUUGUUACUUACAUAUGAUGUGCGUUGUAUUGGAAUGAGGUGAACUAUGGCUGCUUUUGGAUACUGUAUUCUUGUAGAGAAAUUACAAUGUUAUAUUCGGGUGAAGUAGCUGUACUUUUUUGGGAACUGAGAAAACUUUAUGUCGUCUUCCCUCAUCUUCUAGAUUUGGCUUUUUGUAUUGUUGGAGAAAAAGAAAAACACAAACAUGAAAUUUGUGUAUGAUCCCUUUCCGCUGAAUGAAAAAUGUUCAUUUGUUGAUCGUA